CACAAACCAAAUAACGCUGAGACUACAAGAGUCGCUCGUUUUCGUCUGAAUAAACUGGACGUGUUUCGUCGUCAUGGGGACAUUUUUUCUUUUCAUUUGUGUCGCUUUACUUCUUCAGAAUGAGACUCGGGCUCAAGGAAAUAGGGCCAGGAUAAAGAGAAGCAACGGCACAGACAUGGUCAGCCCAAGAUUUUUUCUAGGAAAUGCCAUCCCAGACAACGUACCUCUCCCUCUGAACCAAACAGAACCAAAAACACGUAUCUCACCCUCCGCGCCCAUGGUUGCUAUAGAAGUGGAGUUGCGUAGUAACAACACGGCAACGUACCUCAGGGGUCCUCUUAGCAAGUGGUUCAUCCCAGCUGUCUACAUCAUUGCCAUCGUCAUUGGGAUUCCCGCCAAUAUUGCCAUUUUGGUUGCUGUUGGAGCCAAAGUGAGGACCAUUUCGUCGGCCAUUUUGUAUUGUAGCUUAGCGGUGUCUGACUUGCUACUUUUGCUUAGCCUGUUGCUAAAGGCACACUAUCACCUCAGCGGCAACCAUUGGAUAUUCGGCGAAACCGCUUGCCGCAUCACUACCGCCUGUUUCUACGGCAACCUCUACUGCUCAGCAUACACGCUAGCAUGCAUUAGCAUCAAGCGCUACUUAGCCAUUGUUCACCCAUUCCUGUAUAAGAGCUUGCCAAAGCGGUCCUUCACUGCAUGGAGUUGCGUAGCAGUUUGGAUCGUAUUUAUUAUCGGCAUUUUACCAGAGAUCAUAGUGCGACAGAGCUACCGCAUCGCACACCUUGGAAUCGUCACAUGCCGUGAUGUUCUUCCCGCCAAUUUAGACUAUUACCAAUGGCUUGUCUACUACAACCUCGGCCUUACCUGCGUUGGCUUCUUUCUUCCCCUAGUGGUGACAGUAGCGUGUUACGCUUCCAUAGUGUGGCACCUGAAUCGCUCACACCGCGACUGGGCCCUCUAUAUCAGAGCUAGCACAUUGAACUUCAUUAUCUUCAUCGUUUGCUUUGGUCCAAGUAGCUGCUUUCAUUUUUUGCAUUACGUGCUGCUGUCUACAAGUAUGACCGAGAAUUUCUACAUUUACUUUAGUGUGACUGUGUGCAUGUGUUGCCUGCAUAGCGCUCUGGAUCCAUUUCUCUUUGUUGUCAUGUCCAGGACUGUUGGAACGAAACACUACUUCCUUACGUGCAAAGGACAUGCACUUAGCAUUUCUGCUUAAAUCUUAAUCAAAACAGGAGCUAACUAGAACUAACAUGGCACUACCAAGGCCAAGAUCGUAGGUUGGUUCCCAGGGAAACAUCUCAAAUUCAUAGCUUGACUCUACUGUAAGUUGCUGUGGAAAAAAGCACCAGCAAAUGCAUAAAUGGUUACUGCCUACAUAGAUAGUUGCAUUUGGAAAACUCCAGAUACAACAUGAUCACACAAUAUAUUGACAUGCCACUUCCGAAUGCUUGUUUGCAUUUGGGUUAGGUCGUAGGGUUAAUAAAAUAUGCAUUCCUGUUGAAUGUAUUGAAUUAUUUAUAACUAAAAAUACAACUUGUGGUGGCCUGGGUAGCUCAGUGAGUAAAGAUGCUGACUACCACCCCAGGAGUUCGAAUCCCGUGCUGAGUGAUUCCAGCCAGGUCUCCUAAGCAACCAAAUUGCCCCGGUUGCUAGGGAGGGUAGUGUCACAUGUGGUAACCUCCUCAUUGUUGCUAUAAUGUGGUUCGCUCUCAGUGGGGUGCGUGGUGAGUUGUGCGUGGAUGCCGUGAAGCCUCCACACGCGCGAUAUCUCCGUACUAACGCGUUCAAAAAGCCACGUGAUAAGAUGUGCGGGUUGACGGUCUCAGACGCGGAGGCAACUGAGACUCGUCCUACGCCACCCAGCUUGAGGUGAGUCACUACGCCAACAUGAGGACUUAGAGUGCAUUGGCAAUUGGGCUUUCCAAAUUGGGGCAAAAAAGGGGAGAAUAUAAAACUCGCUUUUGGCGCCACCCUGUGGACAUUUCACCUCAACGACACUUCCAGCUUCGACCACAGGGGGCAGUGUUUCUAAUUUCUGUAUGCGCAGACCGAUUUCAACAGCAGAACUUUUCAUCUUGUUUUGUCAGAUUCACAGUAUGAUUAGUCUCCUAUAUAGGCAGCAACCUUGAGCAGGAUGUGCACCACACAAAAUAGUGUUCACAGUUGACGUGGUUCACAAUAGGAUUUUGCUAAGCUAACAACGCAAUACUCUUAUAAGCAUGAUAAUGACUCAACAUACACAAAUAUUGGGUAAAAUAGCUUAUUUUUAAUAAGACGUCAAAUCAGAUGUCUUUAGGUUUGCUUUAGGAACUGCCAAAAGGAGGGCAAACAGUUUUUAAAGAUCCAGCCAGUUCUGGUUGAUCCAGCUUAAAUCGGUUGGACAGAACCAGCACCUUUUAUACUGAAUACAAAUGCAGAGACAUUUGAAUGCCCUAGAAAGAAAAGGUUGUAAUAUACUGCCUGGGCAGUGUUCAGUGUGUGUCUGUGUAUGUCUGUUUGUGAACAAGGAAAUGUUAUAUAAUGCCUUGUUGAACGAGGCAAAGCUUGUCUAUACACCCUUUACUAUAUGCAUAGAGAAUGCUAAUGCUUUUGCAUUUAUCUUGAAUCCUUGAAGUUAGUUUUGUGGACAAAUAUCAAUUGUGACUACUAAUAAAU